AAAUCCCGCCAAACGCCUAGAGUUUUUCACACUUGGGUCAACUCAAACUUAACGGUUACCCUUCUUUCUGACUCCCGCUAGACAUCGAUGACAUCAGCCCACUCACCUACCUGACUCCCUUCCUGGAUGUGAUUCGAUCUGAGACAACUAGUGGACCCAUCACCGGCCUGGCGUUGACCUCGGUGGAGAAGUUUCUAGCCUACGGUCUGCUUGAAGCCUCUGCUGGUGGUCGAAAAGUGCAGUACUACCAAUACAAUCAGCCCAGUCCAGCCGCCCAAGACAUGGUGGUGCUUAUGAAGAUUGUUCACUUGCUGCGUACUCUAAUGCUCGUGCCAGCCGGCUACCUCUUAUCCAACGAGAUGGUCUUUGAGAUUCUCCAAAAUUGCCUGCGAAUCUGCUUGGAGACCAAGCUCUCCGAACUGCUGAGGCGUACGGCUGAACAAUUUCUAUGCUCCAUCGUGCAGCUGUUUUUCAGUCGCCUACCCGCACUCAUUGCCGCCGAGGCCUUGCUUGAGCAGCCUGAAGUGCCCUCCGCCAGCAGGACCCCACGAAUGUUCCCAAAGAAUCACUUCGCUGUUGACGAGCGCAAGGACCCGGAGACUGCCACUUAUCAGGGUGAUGGACAACCAGCGGUGCCAACGGACGGCAGCAAGUUACCUCCACAGCAGGACCCCGAGGCGGACAUCAGCGGAAGUGUCUGCAGUCUGAAGGACCACCUGGUCCAACAGCCCUCGUCCGAGGCAUCCCAACCCGCGGACACUGCACCUGAAGAGGGUGCUCCAGUAACCUUUGUUCGAUCCCCCUCGGAGAUUGGUAUGGAGGCUCUGGAGUGUCAAUCACCCGCCCCAGAGGAGGAGGCGCUGCCGCAGCUGACUUCCCAGGUUUUUGUCGCGAGCUUUGCUCCCCCUUCCCUCCGCUCGGUUUGCGUUUUUAUCCUUAGAUAA